AUGAAUUCUAAACACGAUGUUGAAGAAAUUCUUAAUGUUCUCACAUCGACAACCCACUCAAAUGCCUCAAUUCAUAUAGUAAUUCCAGAAAAAACGCACCUAGAGGAUAGAAGAGCGUCUCCUGGACUGCAUCAUAAGCGCGAGCAAACACCAGCUGAUUCGCAAGUUACUCUCGUUAUGCCACCAGAACAGAUGGUUGACAGUUACCAUUACAUAUCUCUGGAACCAGCAUCUGAACAACGAGCUCGACGUUUGAAUCUGAAAUGGACACCCAAAGUAUAA